AUGAAGGACCGUGAGAUCGGUAGGUCCAGGUGUUUCGGAUUCGUUACUUUCAGCAACGACAAGGACAUGCGGAACGGGAUCCAAGGAUGCCAGAGCCUUAAUUUGAGGGUGACCAUGGGAACAACAUGGAAGCCAACCUCACCACUAUCUAUCAAGAUCACAAUGACAGAUUUGCACCAUUACACCAAUUGA